AAGUGACAUGCUCUGGGUUUAGUUCCGCAACAUUAACGGCGCACCAGAGGAGGGAGCAGCGCCGCGGAGAUCAUGCCACGUCGUGUGAGCUCGUGCGCACUCGCAGCUGCUUCCAAACCGAAAAGUUACUGAAGUUUUCCUUGUUCGCCAGAUUCUUUUUUUAGUUAUUAUUUUAAAAUCCUCCGUGGUAUAUCCCCCCCCCCUCCUCCCCUCCCCUCCGCCCUCCUCCGUCCCCCGGCCCGCCCCGCGCCCAGCAUGGACUGACGUCUGGAGGAAUGGCAUCGGCCGUGUUCGAGGGCACGUCGCUGGUCAACAUGUUUGUCCGCGGCAGCUGGGUCAACGGCGUCAGGAGGCUCAUCAUCAGCCAGCGCGGGGAGGAAGAGGAGUUCUUCGAGAUCCGGACGGAGUGGUCCGACCGGAACAUUUUAUACUUGCACCGGAGUUACGCCGAUCUGGGCCGGCUGUUGAAGAGGCUGCUGGAGAGCUUCCCGGAGGACCACAGGGAGCUGUCCCAGGGUCCGCUGAUGGAAGGGCUGGUGAAAAUCAAAGAGGCGAGCGACAUCGAGGAGAAGUUGAACGAGGUGGAACGACUGCUGAAGAACGCCAUCAACAUGCCGUGCAAGUAUUCCAGGUCGGAGGUGAUGUUGACCUUCUUUGAGCGCUCGCCGUUGGACCAGCUGCUGAGGAAUGACCAGGUGCACCGAAUCCAGCCGUGCUUCCAGAGCGAGAUCAAAAUAUCCGAAAUCAUGCGGUCAAACGGAUUCUGUCUGGCCAACACGGAAACCAUCGUAUUUGAUCACAGUCUCCCUGAAGAGAAAGAGAGACCCUCCUCCACGGACUCUGUGGAACAUACGUAUGAGGAUGGAACGGAAUUUUUGCCGGACCUGUGUGAAGAGGAAACGGAAGCGUACGUCACCAACCUCUCCUACUACCACCUGGUCCCGUUUGAAACCGACAUCCUGGAAUGAAAACCCCCCCGAUGCCCGUUGAAGGACAUCUGAUGCCGCCGCGGAGGAAGAUGUGCUCUUCAUGGGAUCCUUGGCGCUGCUCAUCCUGGGGAACUCCAGAGUUGCCUCUGAGAGUCGGGCAGAUGGACAGUAUGUGCCAAAAUAUUGGAAGUCACCAGUGUGCCUCAGUCAGAGCCUUAUUGAACGCAACCUGUGGCAGCGACCAUGAAGCUCCUUCAGUCCCUGAAGCAGUCGCAAACUGAGGUUUCAACGGAUGCAGCUCAGUGGGAGGGGCCACACAUCGACCUGAACUCGGGGGUCGCAAUCACAGCAUCGGACCUUUUCACUGUUACUGAAAAAAUGUAGAGGAAUCUACCAGCACUCUUGUCUUUUUUUCUAUCUCGGUUGUCUUAUCUUUCCCGUUCCUUGGACGUCCUUGAAGGCAUCGUUUUCUCUCCACAGUGUUGCCGCACAGGAAGCCGUCCCCAAGCUUUGCGUGUGACAUUUGUUCACGGUGCGACUUUCCACCAGCGUGUAGGAAUGUUUAUGGUUUGUAAAAUACCAGCUUGAAUCUCGUGGGACGUGUUUGUUGCUGCGUGUAGAGUCAGAAAAUAACAGAAUAAACAACGUAGGGGCACAUUUAGUCAAGUCUUCUCAUUUUAGCAUAUAACUUCUGAUGGUAAGUCAAGAAUAAUAAAGCUAUUUUAAUGCUAACAGACUAAACAUGCAGUAUAUUUCACUUGGUUAUAGGAUUACUUUCAAAUUUAGGGAAAAUUAAUAUAAAGAUGUGUUCAUGUUACAAUGUUCCAAAGUGAGAACAGGUUGCGGCCUUUUUGGGAUGUCUGAUAUUUUUUAUUAUUAUUUUGUCCAAACAAAUUGUAAUACGUGUUUUGUACUGUAGCUUGUGUAAUGUUGCUUGUUUAAAUAAAAAAAAGAGAAAAUAAUUUAA